AUGCGCAAAUGGCUCCGCCAUGGGACCAAGGAGGACGAUAGAUCCCUAAAGACGACUGAUGUCGACACGCCCGCGAGCAGCCACGUUCUCCGACUGGGGCUCUUCUCCAAGGUGCAGGUGCUCGCAACGCGCGCCUUUAAAUUUCCGUCGUCGAUCCCUAUCCCAACGGCAGUGGCAAUCAACACACGGGCAGUGGCACCAGCCACGUUGCCCAAGCCCCCGCGCAAGAAGCGCUUUGAAUUGCCGUUUGCGCUACAAAAACCCACACAAAUGCUCUCAAAGCUGCUCCAAAAUCUCCCCAACGACCCGUUUGGCGUCGCCGACAAGAUGCAAGCGAUCGCCAAGCGACUCUGGUUCACGCGUCCGCCGCCGCCGUCAACCAAGAGCAUCGAGGCACGCGAUGCCUUUGAUAUCGAGGGCCAACUGCGGGCGUGGGCGGCCCUCGCGCGUGCCAACGUCGCCAAGCUGUACCGGCGCAAGCAGCUCGUGCACGACUACUCGGUGCACGAAGCGCUCGCGAUCCUCGACGUCACCGUGCAAACCGUACUUUGGAAAGCCAAGGUGGCCGCGGACCGCCGGCAACAAGCCGCAGCGCGUUGCAUCCAGCACGCCUGGCGAUCCCAUGCGUGGCGGCUACACAAGCGCCGCCGCGACAAGACGCGCAUCCUCGCAACGCUUCGAAACGUCGUCGAGCGCAUGCUCUGCGCUCGGCUUGUGCCGGGUCUCGUCGCAGAUGUCCUCGCCCAAGGCUGCAGGCGCAUGGCAGCACGAACGAUUCAGCGGGUCUGGCGCGGGCACAGGGGGCGAAAACGCGCCCGCGUCCGACGCCGGUGCGUGCACAAGGAGCAGCGCGCAGCCGCACGCGAAGUUGCGCGGCUGGCCAAGCGCCGUGCGCUGCUGGCACCGGCCGCGAACGCAAAGCGACUCGAGAGCAUCAAGCGCGCGUGGGCACGCGACGACUUUGUACCGUCGCCCCACACAAAGCCACGGCGACUCUUGCCGCGACACAAGACACUCCACCCGCUGCCGACACAGACGCCCCCCGAGAGCCCCCUCGUCGCAAAGCUCUCGGUGCCAAAGUGGACGCGGCUACCAAAGCCCGUGCGUCCGCAUGCGUGCUGGGUCGCCGUACCCAUACACGUCACCGACCAUAUGCACACCGACAACCUUCGCCCGCAAAGCCGACUGCUCAAGCGGCACUACGAUUUGCAGUACGAUUGGAUCCCCGCGGGCCUUCUCCAGUCGACAACCGACGUACCAGCGCCGACGACAUUUGAAGAGAAAGUGCUGCGCAUGAUGCCGCCACGCGCAACCAGCGUCCCCAAAGACACCCGCCUCGCGCCACUUCAGUCCAAGUCGAAGCUCCCAUCGUAA